CACAAGAGUGUGCACGUGAGGUGACUGCAAUUUUUUUCUGCCAAACCAGAAUUAGCCGGUACAGGAAUGAACGAGCCUGGAGAUUUGAAAUUGCACUGAUUGGAAGAGAGCUCAGGUUAGGUCCGGGCCACCUCCAAACGGACCUUUUUAAAGCCACACGGACUGAGGCCUCGAGCUCGAAGCUCUACCAGACGCUCACCUGGCUGGUAUCAAGCGGCACAGGGCCUGGAGAGCCCCGCACCGAGCGCACGGAGCCAGGCGGAGCGCCGAGCCUCAGGCAUCCGCAAAUCCAGGAUGAUAGGCGACAUUGCAACAAAUCUCUACGCCCAGCCGCUCAGGGGGCUCCGAGGAAAACAGCAAGUUCAGAGAUCCCGGCCAGGAGGAGAGUGAGGCCGCAGCCCCACGGGCCCUGGGCGGCAUUCCUGGUUCCCCAGUGCCCAUGUCUUCCCAACAAACUUAACCAGAACCAAUACUCUAGUCUACGGAUCAGCAAACUUUUCCUAUAAAGCGUCAGAGUGGGCACAUAGAGUGGCAGGAGUGAAGUAACUCGAGUUCUGGUCUUCGUCUCCACAAUAACUGUGCUUCCCAGCCCAUCCGGAACGUUCUGGCAAAGGCAGUGAUGGGUGGCAAUGCAGGGGCUGCAGACCCGGAUGAGCCGAGAAAAUCUCGGAAAAUGUAUGCAAGUCAUGAAGAUAUUGGGUAUGAUUUUGAAGAUGACCCCAAAGAUAAGAAGACACUUAAACCCGACCCAAACAUUGAUGGCGGAUGGGCUUGGAUGGUGGUCCUCUCCUCCUUCUUUGUCCACAUCCUGAUCAUGGGCUCCCAGAUGGCCCUGGGAGUCCUCAAUGUGGAGUGGCUGGAAGAAUUCCAUCAGAGCCGCGGUCUGACCGCAUGGGUCAGCUCCCUCAGCAUGGGUAUCACCUUGAUUGUGGGUCCUUUCAUCGGCUUGUUCAUUAACACCUGUGGCUGCCGCCAGACAGCUAUAAUAGGAGGACUGGUGAACUCACUGGGCUGGGUGUUAAGUGCCUACGCGGCAAACGUGCAUUAUCUCUUUAUUACCUUCGGAGUGACAGCUGGCUUUGGGAGCGGGAUGGCCUAUCUCCCGGCCGUGGUCAUGGUGGGAAGGUACUUUCAGAAGCGACGCGCCCUUGCCCAGGGCCUCAGCACCACCGGGACCGGCUUUGGCACCUUCCUCAUGACCGUCUUGCUGAAGUACCUGUGCGCGGAGUACGGGUGGCGCAACGCAAUGUUUAUCCAAGGCGCCGUCUCCUUAAACUUGUGUGUCUGUGGCGCGCUCAUGAGGCCCCUCUCUCCUGGGAAAGAGGGAAAGGACCCAGGGGAGACAGAUCCGCAAGUCCUCCCGGCUCACUCCCCUGAAUCCGUGAAGUCAAGUGCGCAGCUGGGCAGGGCAGAAGAGAAGGAGGGCAGUCCCGGGCACGAGGAGGCCCUCGACGACCUUGCGGCCCAGGCGUGCCAAGAGAAGGCGGGCCACCGGAAGAAUAUGUGCGCCUUUCGGGCUCUGAAGACCGUGAGCCAGCUGACCAUGAGGGUCAGGAAGGGCUUCCAGGACUGGUACUCGGGCUAUUUUGGAGCAGCCUCGCUCUUUACUAAUCGCAUGUUUGUAGCCUUUGUUUUCUGGGCUUUGUUUGCAUACAGCAGCUUUGUCAUCCCUUUCAUUCACCUCCCAGAAAUAGUCGAUUUGUAUAAUUUAUCAGAGCAAAACGAUGUUUUCCCUCUGACGUCAAUUAUAGCAAUAGUUCACAUCUUUGGAAAGGUGAUCCUGGGCGCCGUGGCCGACUUACCUUGCAUCAGCGUUUGGAAUGUCUUCCUGAUGGCCAACUUCACCCUCGUCCUCAGCAUUUUCAUUCUGCCCCUGAUGCACACCUAUGCGGGCCUGGCGGUCAUCUGCGCACUGAUAGGCUUUUCCAGCGGUUACUUCUCCCUCAUGCCCGUAGUGACUGAAGACUUGGUGGGGAUUGAGCACCUGGCCAACGCCUACGGCAUCAUCAUCUGUGCUAACGGCGUCUCCGCACUGCUGGGCCCACCAUUUGCAGGGUGGAUCUACGACAUGACACAAAAAUAUGAUUUUUCCUUCUAUAUAUGUGGUUUACUUUACCUGGUAGGAUUACUCUUUUUACUCAUUCAACCAUGUGUUCAAAUUAUAGAGCAAUCGAGGAAAAAAAGCGUAGGUGGUACACAUGUUUAGUGUCAUGUGAUGUUUCAUGUAGGAUUUCUUUGUGGUACUCAUGCCUACCUCCCAUGGUUGCUGUGAGGCGCCUAUGACAUCGUGGGAAAGCGAUUUGUAUGGUAACUGUCACUGUCAUUUGUAAAUGCCAUUGUCAUUGCUUUAUUUGAAAGUAGCACUGCCUGUCCAUUUGGGGAGAAGCAAUGUUGGACAGUAUUAAAGACUACAUACAUUUUAGAGAUGACAAUGUCCUUCAAAGACAGCCUAUUAAGUAAUUGGUAGAAAUGCCCUUGUAAAAAUUAUUCUCUCGCCAUCCACUGAGACUAGGGUUUUAGAUACAGCUUUUAAAACAAAGACAAGGAAUAAAAGCUUUUCAGUCCAACUACUACUUCUCUGUAAGGUGAAAAUAAAGUGCUUCUGGAAAGCUCACAGUUAAAUGGGUUUUAAGCACAGGAGCAUGAUUAGAUUUCAGAAACUAAUUGUUACAGGGAGCUAUUGCUCGCCCAGUGUAAAAUAAAUGCUGGCUCCAAUUUCAAAGGUAAUACAUUUAAUACAAUUAAAGAAAAAAAUUAUAUUUUUAUAAAAGAAUUCUGCAGCUAGGGAGUACAGUUUAUCAAUCUUCCUCUAAGAAAAGCUUUUGCUCUCAAUCCUAAUUCAAUAGUAUCUAGUUAUAAACUGAAUCUUAAGACAAAGCCUAAGUAAAUAAUAAUUUACUGAGCAGAAGUUGUAUUUGUCCACACAACUAUUGAAUCAAGGGCUAUGGUUCAAGCACUUUUAUUCCUGUCGUUGGCCUCUGUUUAUUAACACAAUCUAGGGCCUGUAACUUUUUUUUCUGAGUUUCUCCUGUCCAGUAAAUAAACUAGAGAACUCAUUGCAGGUUGGUCUGUGAAGUUGGCACUUAAAUCGUUUGUAUAAAGUGUGGUACUAAUCCAGAAUAUAAGACUAUGAACUUGUGAGGGUAACAAACGGAAUGCCCUUGGUCUAGGUGUCUGUACACCUGACAUUGGAGUAGUGGUAGCAAGUCGCCCUUCUCCAAUGCCUGAGCUCCGCACAGUUUUAAAAAUAGUUCUCUUGAUCGAUUCCAUACAGAAGACAACAGGGAUCCAUGACAUCAAAUAAUGUUCUUCCUUUAUCUAAGAUCUCUAUUUUUCUAAGCCAAACAUUUUUCAGACUGCAGAAUGUUCUUCCCAGAAUCAUUUUGAAAUUUCUGGCUGCCUUACUUGUUUACACAUAUUUCAGAGCUGUUUAAAUUUCUACUCACAAUUUGCUCAUCACACAUAAAAAUCCUGUAACAUCAUUGCCAGUGUCUUGGGUCAAAUUUACCUAAAGUGAGUAUAGACCAUUCUCAGUUAUCCUUGGUAAUUAGAGGCAGGAAUGGUACCAGUAAGUAGAAUCACAGAAUGGUACCCUAAGCCUAACACUAGCCAGCAAUUCUCAGUCUCUUAUUCCACCAAACCCUUCAGAGCAGUUAACAAGUGAUUACAUGGACAAGUGUCCUUUUUGUUUCAUCUCCUUUAUUUCCUGCUCUGAUGGCUAGGGGGAAGGGUUGUGUAAUGAAAGGGACCCUCAAAAUAACAAUAAUACUAACAGGCAGCUGAUGGAACGGAGAAACAAAAGCAUGACUAAUAUACACACUCAAUAUUACCUCCAAUGAUUCAAGGAUUGCCUGCAAAUUAUUAUAGAUAAUUGCAUGUCAUACUCUGUUUGGUUCAACACAAUGACCAAUUUGGUAUCGUUACAGCUUUGGCUGCUGUUAAAGAAUCCAUUUUGAUUAAGGUAAACUUAAAUGCUGAGGCAAUGCUGUAUCUCUAGCUAUAUAUUAACCAUAAAAUUCGGAUGGUUAGAUGGAAAAACAUGCUGUGUGUUUUAAAACUGACUACAUGAUUUCAUUACUUGCAUUUUCUAUAAACACCAAAUUGACAAGAGGCAGUGUUAAAUAUUUUGAAUGGUGCUAUAGGUGAUGCGUUUUGAUGCUUGCACUGCUGGUCAUACCAUCAGACAUAUGAACUUUUUAUCCAAUAAACCAGCUUUGGUUAUGUCCAAGUUAAACCUACCCAUGUUCAGUCUGUACAGCUGUUUGUUGACUUACUGUACUUAUGGAAGUGGUAAUUUCUACCACAUCAGAAGUUCCUAUUUUACAAAAAUAGAGUAAAACCUGCUUGCAAUAUUCAUGUUAACACUAGAAUAAGAGAGAAUGCUAUAAAGAAUUA